CAGCACGGAAAAGAGAAACACAACCGCUUCAGUCGCUGUUGUUUGGUGAUUGCUGGAUUUAGAGGCUAAUGUGCUGUGUUGUGAGUCUCCUGAUGAUUAUUUCACACCGGGCUGCCUCACAGACGGCUCUCUUCAGCACUGCAGGCUGAUUAUAAAGCGGGAUCAAUAACAACAUCUCGAGGACAAACAUCAGCUCCAGACACGAUGUGGAGCUGUGACGGUGUACAGAAGAUUAUUAAAGAGGAGCCAGAAAACACAGGAGACACUGAAGAACACAGAGACUUGAUGAAAGUGAAGGAGGAACAAAAUGAAGAAGAGAGAGAAAUAAAAGAGGAGGAAUGUCAAGAUGGUGCAGUUGGAGAAACACAAUCUCCACCUGCAGACGCUGAAUCUCUUUUCACCUGUCCUCAGUGUGGAAAGAGCUUCAAAAAGAAGCAUUACCUCAAGCAGCACAUUGGCAUCCACAUUGGAGUGAAACCCUUCACCUGCGCUGAAUGUGGGAAGAGCUUCAGAAUUAAAUCAAGUCUGGAGGUUCACAUGAGACUCCACACCGGAGAGAAACCCUUCACAUGCUCUCUGUGCGGGAAGAGUUUCAGACGCUCGGGAACGUUUGACGAUCACCAGCGAAUUCACUUCGAAGAGAAGCCGUUCAGAUGUGACCAGUGUGGGAAGAGCUUCAAAUGGGCGAACUGUCUCCAGAUCCACAAGCUCGUUCACUCUGGAGAAAAGCCGUUCGGCUGUGAUCAAUGCGGGAAGAGAUAUAUUCAGAAAUCAGAGCUGAGGGACCACAUGAUGUCCCACACUAAUGAGAAACCUUACUCAUGUGAGUUUUGUGGGAAGGGGUUUGCACGGUUGUGUCGUUUUCGACACCAUCAGAAAACACACACUGGUGUGAACGAGUAUCGGUGCUCGGAUUGUGGACAAACCUUCACUACCUUCACUUUGUUGAAAGUGCACCAGAAGAUCCACACCGAAAAGAGACCCUAUAAGUGUGCAUUCUGUCAGAAGACUUUCAAACAGUCAGGAGCAUUUAAGAAACACCAUCGAAUCCACUCCGAGGAGAAGCCGUUCGCUUGUGACGAGUGUGGAAAGAGCUUCAAAUGGGAGAACAGCCUCCAGAUCCACAAGCUCAUUCACUCUGGAGAAAAGCAGUUCAGCUGUGAUCAAUGCGGGAAGAAGUUUGUACAGAAGUCAGACCUGAAGACUCACACGAUGUCCCACACCGGAGAGAAGCCGUACUCCUGUACGGCGUGUGGGAAGGGCUUUGUUAGAUUGAGUGUUUUUAAAAACCAUCAGAAAGCACACGCUGGGGUGAAGGAGUUCGUGUGCUCGGAUUGUGGAAAAGCCUUCACUACGUCCACACUGUUAAACGCGCACCAGAAGAUCCACACUGGAGAAAAACCCUACAAGUGUUCAUACUGCGAGAAGAGCUUCACCAGUUCUGGAAGCGUUCAGGGACACGAGAGGAUCCACACCGGAGAGAAGCCCUACAUCUGUGACGAGUGCGGGAAGAGUUUUAAAUGGCGGAGGAGUCUCCAGAUCCACAAGCUCAUUCACUCUGGAGAAAAGCCCUUUGAUUGCGAUCAGUGCGGGAAAACGUUUGUGCAGAAAUCAGACCUGAAGACACACUUGAUGUCUCACACUGGGGAGAAGCCGUACUCGUGUACGGUGUGCGGGAAGGGCUUUGUAAGGUUGUGCUUUUUAAAAAUGCAUUUAGAAAAGAAUGCACACUGAAAAUGAGCUAGUGACCAGUCUCUAUUAAUAAUCGCUCAGUCAAUACCCAGCAAGCAUUUGUUUGUGUUUAACCUCUUAAACGCCUCCAGGAAGCGUAAGUUUACAUCGCUUAUUAUUGCAAUUAAAUCUAAUCAUGACAAACUGUAUAUCGUUGGGAAGGUCAAGGACAGUAGAUAUUUAUCCCUGUUUAUUGUUAUGUAGGAAGAGUAGUAGAUGAAACACGUUUACAAUCACCCUACAACCUGUGGGAGUGCUUACACUUACAUGUAAACCAUAAUAUUAUACAGGGUGGGACAUUUAUAUGGAUACACCUUAAUAAAAUGGGAAUGGUUGGUAAUAUAACGUCCUGUUUGUGGCACAUUAGUAUAUGUGAGGGGGCUCAUGAAAGAAUAAAGUUACGUUAAAACCAAGCACACCAUUGUUUUCCUUGUGAAAUUCCCAAUAAGUUUGAUGUGUCACAUGACCCUCUUCCUAUUGGAAAAACAAAAAGUUAGAUCCAAGAUGGCCGACUUCAAAAUGGCCACCAUGGUCACCGCCCAUCUUGAAAAGUUUACCCCCUCACAUAUACUAGUGUGCCACAAACAGGACGUUGUUAUCACCAACCAUUCCCAUUUUAUUAAGGUGUAUCCAUAUAAAUGGCCCGCCCUGUAGUAUAAACGUGAAGCAAUCAUGACAAACUAAAUAUCAUUUGAAUGCUUAACAUUUCUAGUUUCCAUAUCUGGUGACUGAUUUUUGAUAGAUGUUACUGUGUUAGUAAUAAAUAACAGUUAUUUAUUAAUUUGCAACAACACUCAUCAGAGUAGUAAAGCAUUACUUUGCUACAGCAAUCCACAUGUAAAAGUGUUUUAAGAGGCUAAAUUCAACUCUAAUACCAUCAAACUGCCCAUUCUACAUUAUAAUUGUAUGUUUACUUUAAAAAUAUUGUCAACAAUAUGAAAAAUAGCGUUCAUAUUCCUCAAAGCAUAAGUGGUGCCCUUCUUUUCUCGCCAAUGUAAACUGUAUGGUGGUCAUGUUUGGUACUGCGGCCAAACUACAUCUCACUGAACGCUCUCUUUUUUUGGAGGUAUCAACUUCAAAUUUGGAAUAGACAUUGGUCACGUAUUUAGCUUUGAUUAUCUAUCAACUGUAGGCUAAGACAGGUUUUGUAAAAUACAUAUUUUAUCUAGUAUAUUAAAAUAUAAAUGUAUUGUUACAUAACAAUUUGUUUUAUUGUUACUUUUUCUCACUUUAACUACAAUCUGACAUCUGUCUUCUUUAAUAUCAGACCAGUCUUAAAUCUAUGCUCAAUUAUUUGUUCAAAAAUUGGAGGUGAUAGAUAAAGGGUUAAAAGAAGUCUAAUAGACAUCAAAUAGAUGUUUAAACAUUAGACGGCUUGACUAAGACAUGGCUAAAUUUAUUGUUAUGUUGGAAGAGUAGUAGAUUAGUCACAUUUACUGUCACCCUACAACAUGUGGGAGCGCUUACACUUACAUUUCUAAACCGUAAUAUUGUAGAAUAAACAUGAAGCAAUCAUGACAAGCUAUAGAUCAUUUGAAGUCUUUAAUAUUUCUGGUGUCCAUAUCUGGUGACUGAUUUUUGAUAGAUAUUACUGAGCAACAUUUGUUUAUUAAUUUGCAACAACACUCAUCAGAGUCGUAAAGUAUUACUUUGCUACAGCAAUCCACAUAGAAAAACAUUUUGGAGGCUAAAUUUAACUCUAAUACCACAAAACUGUCCAUACUACAUUCGAAUUGUGUGUUUACUUUACAAAUAUUGUCAAAAGUAUGAAAAAAUACGGUUCAUUUUCCUCAAAACAUAGGGGGAAUCUUUGUAUGGUAAGCAAUGUAAACAUGGUGGUCAUGUCUGGUAGUGUGUCCAAACAAUCUUACAGAGAUUUUGAGAUAUUGACUGAAAAUUUGGAAUAUAAUUUGAUUAAAUAUUUAGCUUUAAAGUUCUGUCAAUUUUAGGCUAAAAUGUUUCAUGUGAUGUAAUAAAAUAUAAAUGUAUUGUAAGGCACAUAACUAAUGGUUUAACUUUUUAACCUACUUUUUCACUUCAUCUACAAUCUGAGAUCUGUCUUCUUUAAAAUGAGACCACAGUUAAAUCUAUGCUCAAUUUAUGCUCAAAUAUUUAUAUUCAAAAAUGGGGGCGACAAUAAAGGGUUAAACAAAGCAGAAUAGACCUCAAAUAGAUGUCUAAACAAGGCUAAAUUUGGGCUGCAUGUGAAAGUCUAAUAGGUAUCUGUGUAGUCUGGGUAUUUGAUGACUGGUCUAGUUUUGGACUUCUCAUAGAUGUCUAUUAGUUUUUCACUGACGGAUCAAAUUUAAUCUUGUUUUAUCCAAGACGUCCGUGUUUAGAUGUCUAUUAGACAUCUAUUAAGCAUAACAUUGCUUUGUGGGACUUGUCUAUCUUUGAUUACCUUAUCUAACUAUGAUUAUGAUUAAUAAGUGUAAAUCUUCUGCUUGAGGUGAAUGGGGUCAGUGUAAAUCAGGAGCUUCAUCUGCUCAAACAUCUACAAGAAGAGAUGGACGUUUCAUUAAAACUAUUAUUCCACCAUCACCAGUGAAGCAGAGUCAUUCUGCUCCAAUAUCCAUCUCAACAUGAUGCCUUUAUCAGAAUGAACUGAUCUGAUUUUCCCUCAUGCCUUUUCUGUAAAGCAUGUGUGGACCCUUUUAUGUUGUUUUUAGUGUUUAGGAUGUGAACCGUACCCUCUAAAAUAGCUGGAAAAUAAACAAACAAACGGUUGAGAUUUCCCAUCACUCAUGAUUUGUUUAUAUUACUCUGCUGGUGAGUAAAUCAAGUUAACAUCAACAGAAUCUGUUGGUGGUGUGAUAUGUGGUAAUGUUGAUGAGUGUGGGCGGGGCUGAGCGAUGUGGGGGCGGAGCUAGGCCGGUGGUGCGAGAGUUAAAGUCAAUAUGAAAUCAUAUUACACUCUUCUUAUAUUUAUAUGAAUAUAGUGCUUUUGCAAUGUAAACGAUGUAUCUGUGCACCUCAUUAUCUUAUAAAAAAUUAAUUUCCUCAAAACUAAAUUCCUCAAACCUAAUACCAAUCUAAUACCAUUACCUUCCUCUUGAAACGAGCUAUCAGUCCUUUAGGGCGGGGCUAUUAGUCAUUUAGGGCGGGGCCAUGUGUCAUUUAGGUUGGGGCUUGCUGUCAUUAGGGGUGGGGCUAUUAGUAAUUUAGGGUGGGGCUAUCAGUCAUUUAGGGUGGGGCUAUCAGUAUAUUAGGGAGGGGCCAUUAGUCUUUUAGGGUGGGUUAUCGGUCCUUAAGAGAGGAGCUGUUAGUCCUUUAGGGUGGGGCUAUCAGUCAUUUAGGGUGGGACUAUUGGUCCUUAAGGGAGGUGCUAUUGUUCCUUUAGGGUGGGACUAUUAGUUAUUUAGGGUGGGGUUAUCUGUCCUUAAAGGAGGAGCUAUUGUUUCUUUAGGGCGGGGCUGUCAGUCAUUUUGGGUGGGACUAUUAGUUAUUUAGGGUUGGGCUAUCAGUUGUUGAGGGCAUGGUUAUCAGUCAUUUAGGGUGGGGCUAUCGGUCCUUAAGGGAGGAGCGAUUGGUCCUUUAUAGCGGAGUUAUCAGUCAUUUGGGUGGGACAAUCAGUCAUUUAGGGAGGGGCUGUCACUCAUUUAGGGCCGGGCUGUCAGUCAUUUGGGGAGGGGCCUCAGUCACUCUUUUCUGCUCUGCUUUUAUCCAUUCGUCAAUCUUCCUUAAUAUUUCCACAAUCCUCUCAGUUCCCAAAUGACAAGACCAUGGACUUUCCUCCAUUUAUUUUCUCAUUUCAGGAACGGUUGUAUGCAUGUACGUCACAAUAGUGGAAAAAAGGACAACCUUAACUUCUUUUUCAGGGCGAUUUUCAGUGUUGAGUCCUGUGGAGGAGCUCCAGAUAAUACAUGUUGUUCUGUGUUUGCUUAAUUAUUAAAGGUUUUGAAUGUUUGGUCA